CGACGCCGCGCGGUGACAGUCGCUAAUGAUACCGGCAGAAUACCAUGGAGUGAUCUGUCCAUAGGAGAGAAAGCAGCGCGCACUACUCAGCAAACCUUCAACCUGGGCCUUGUCCUGCUGGGCGUAGGCCUAACAGGCACGGUAGCCUACGUACUCUACCUUGAAGUCUUCUCCACAGACAGCAAGACUGCCGUUUUCAACCGCUCAGCAGAUCGCGUGCGAAAAGAUCCGAAGUGCAUUGAGCUCUUAGCGGGUAGUGACGGUAGGCAUACAAAGCGGGAAAUCAAUGCCUAUGGUGAGCCAAGCUGGUCGAGGUGGGCGCGCAACCGGACGAUUGCGAGCAAACUCGAGACGGACAGGGCUGGUAUUGAGCACCUGCAUAUGCAUUUCUAUGUGGAGGGGCCGCUUGCUAAAGGAACGGUUAGCGUGCACAUGACGAGGUUGCCGGGUCAGAAAGACUUCGAGUACAGGCUUCUGGCGCUGGAUGUACCAGGUCACGCGAGGUAUCAUCUCGUUAAUGCGGACUCGAAGCAACUGGAUUUGAGAAAGCAAGGCAAGAUGUUCGGCGUCAAUUGG